CAAUGGCGACCUUUGUGAGCGAACUGGAAGCGGCUAAGAAGAACUUGAGCGAGGCCCUGGGAGACAACGUAAAACAAUACUGGGCCAACUUAAAGUUGUGGUUCAAACAGAAGAUCAGCAAAGAAGAAUUUGACCUUGAAGCUCAUAGACUUCUCACACAGGAUAAUGUUCAUUCCCACAAUGAUUUUCUCCUGGCUAUUCUCACGCGUUGUCAGAUUUUGGUUUCUACACCAGAGGGUGCUGGAUCUUUAUCCUGGACUGGGGGUUCUGCAGCCAAACCUGGAAAACCCAAGGGAAAGAAAAAGCUUUCUUCAGUUCGUCAGAAAUUUGAUCAUAGGUUUCAGCCUCAAAAUCCCCUCUCAGGAGCCCAGCAGUUUGUGGCAAAGGAUCCCCAAGAUGAUGAUGACCUGAAGCUCUGUUCCCACACGAUGACGCUUCCUACUCGCGGGCAGCUGGAAGGGAGAAUGAUAGUGACGGCCUAUGAGCAUGGGCUUGACAACGUCACGGAGGAGGCUGUCUCAGCUGUCGUCUACGCAGUGGAAAAUCACCUUAAGGAUAUCCUGACAUCAGUUGUGUCAAGAAGGAAGGCUUAUCGGUUACGAGACGGUCAUUUUAAAUAUGCCUUUGGUAGCAAUGUGACUCCACAGCCGUACCUCAAGAAUAGUGUAAUAGCUUACAACAAUUUAAUAGAAAGCCCUCCAGCUUUUUCUGCCCCGUGUGCUGGUCAGAACCCAGCUUCUCAUCCCCCACCCGACGGUGCUGAGCAGCAGGCUGCACUCCUAUUGGCCUGCUCGGGGGACACACUGCCUGCGUCCUUGCCUCCGGUGAACAUGUACGACCUCUUUGAAGCUCUGCAGGUACACAGGGAAAUAAUCCCUACACAUACUGUGUAUGCCCUCAACAUUGAAAGGAUCAUCAUGAAACUUUGGCAUCCAAAUCAUGAGGAGCUGCAGCAAGACAAAGUUCACCGCCAGCGCCUGGCAGCCAAGGAAGGCCUGUUGCUCUGCUGAAUUAAGAUUGGGGGUGUGGGAUCCUCUGUGAAUUGAUAAAUUAUUGGUUACUGAGAAUUGAAUGUUUUUUGGGUCCACAUUUCUAGGCUGAAGUGUAAAGUGUAUAUAUAACCUUUCCUAUGGAAAUGUGUACAUUUUGAGUAUAUUUUGUGUUGCUACUAUGAAGCCAUUAACAUAAACCUGCAUCUGAUAAUGACCCCUACCUAUGUGUGUUGGUGUGUGUGUGGGGGUAUGAUUUAUAUCACUUCUGUUAUGGGAACAAGAACUGAGUUCUCGACACCUUUAGGCAUCUGGGGCCUUGUAUUUUAUGGUCUGCUGGUAAGGUAGAUGAC